CGAUGCGCACGGCCGGAGAGACGCGGAGGAGGAGACAUGAGCCGGCGGGCGCCCAGACGGAGCGGCCGUGAAGCGUUGGUGCUGCAGUCGCGCGCCCCAGCCCCGGAGCACUGACCCCUGGCCCCGCGCAGCCCCGCGCACAGGCCAGAGAGCGCGCCCCAGCUGCCGGCCCUGCGGCUCAUGCCGCUCUCAGAGUGAGCUGGGCAGCUAGCACCCCGCGGACGCCCGGACAGACGUCUGGUCGGUACUGAGCAAGCGUCCCUGCACCGGCCUGUGUCCCCUGCACAUCGGCGGCCGCUCCGCAGACCCCGCGCCAGCCCGGAGAGCGCAGCGCUCGCUCGGGAGGAGCCGCGCGGGGCGCUGAUGCCGCAGGGCGCGCGGCGGAGCGCCCCGGAGCAGCAGAGUCUGCAGCAGCAGCCGGCUAGGAGGGAGCAGCAGCAGCGGCGGCGGCGGCGGCGACGGAGGCGGAGGCGCCCGGUCCCGGCCGCGCGGAGCGGACAUGUGCAGGCUGGGCUAGGAGCCGCCGCCUCCCCUCCGCCCAGCGAUGUAUUCAGCGCCCUCCGCCUGCACUUGCCUGUGUUUACACUUCCUGCUGCUGUGCUUCCAGGUACAGGUGCUGGUGGCCGAAGAGAACGUGGACUUCCGCAUCCAUGUGGAGAACCAGACUCGGGCUCGAGACGAUGUGAGCCGUAAGCAGCUGCGGCUGUAUCAACUCUACAGCCGGACCAGCGGGAAACACAUCCAGGUCCUGGGCCGCAGGAUCAGUGCCCGCGGCGAGGAUGGGGACAAGUAUGCCCAGCUCCUAGUGGAGACAGACACCUUUGGUAGUCAAGUCCGGAUCAAGGGCAAGGAGACCGAAUUCUACCUGUGUAUGAACCGGAAAGGCAAGCUUGUGGGGAAGCCUGAUGGCACCAGCAAGGAGUGUGUGUUCAUCGAGAAGGUUUUGGAGAACAACUACACUGCCCUGAUGUCUGCAAAAUACUCUGGCUGGUACGUGGGCUUUACUAAGAAGGGGCGGCCGCGGAAGGGCCCCAAGACCCGGGAGAACCAGCAGGACGUGCACUUCAUGAAGCGCUACCCCAAGGGGCAGGCCGAGUUGCAGAAGCCCUUCAAGUAUACAACGGUGACCAAGAGGUCCCGGCGGAUCCGCCCCACGCAUCCCGGCUAGGCUGCCUAGCGUGGCCCCUGCAGGCCGCCCCAGCCCACACUCACACUCACAGAGAACUGCGUCAGAGGAAUAUUUUUACAUGAAAAAUAAGGAAGAAGCUCUAUUUUUGUAUAUUGUGUUUAAAAGAAGACAAAAACUGAACCAAAACUCUUGGGGGGAGGGGGUGCGAUAAGGAAUUUAUUGUUGACUUGAAACCCUCGAUGACAAAAGACUUGUGUAAAGGGAUUGUUGUCAACCCACAGGUGCUUGUCUUUCUCGAGGAACAGACAACUCUAAACUUGUCCCCAGAGGAGGACUUGAAUGAGGAAAACGACACCCUGAGAAACCAAAGUCCUUUUUCCCAAAGGUUCUGCAAAAAAAAAAAAAAAAAAGAGAAAGAGAAAGUCGUACCACCCAACAAACUCCCCACCCCUCUCUUACCCAGUCCUGCCCCAAACUCCAACAAAAAUCGCUCUCUGGUUUGCAGUCAUUUAUUUAUUGUCUGCUGCAAGCUGUCCCGAGACACCGCGCAGGGAAGGCGUGACCCUUGGAAUUCUCCGCGCCUCGACCUCCUGACGACAGACGGCCUCGUCCAAUCAUGGUGACCCUGCAUUGCUCGCAGUUCUGGAAGAUGCUGCUAUCGUCCUUCCGUGACUCACGUGACCUAGUACACCAAUGAUAAGGGAAUAUUUUAAAACCAGCUAUAUUAUAUAUAUUAUAUAUAUAUAAGCUAUUUAUUUCACUUCUCUGUAUAUUGCAGUUUCAUGAACCAAGUAUUACUGCCUCAACAAUUAAAAACAACCAACAAAUUAUUUAAAAAA